AUGACGAACUCUCCCAACAAGCUGGACAACACAGGUAAAAUCACGCCAGCCAUGUCCGCCCUAACUCUUAACAUUCGUCGUACGCCUGGAAAAUAUAUUCAACCUCGGAAGGGACUCUUCUGCCUCGGUCAGCUCCCAGUUGACAUCCGCUACCUCAUCUAUGAGUUCAUACUCGUCGAACCCAAGAGAAGGGACAUUGAACACAAAUCUGACUGCUUCUGGCAUUCCGAUCGUCUUAGACUGCUAGAGCCUCCCGCUUUCCUGCUCAACGACAUCGUUAUUUCAGAGGAGCCUCACCGGCUUAUAUGGGAUCUAGAUGGUUAUUGCUGGUCUGGGAGUACCAUGUGCCGCUGCGAUCAGCGCAAGGGACUCGGGCUACUGUUGACCAAUAGACAGGUGCACGCCGAAGCAGCACCCCUCUUCUGGUCCCAAAACAACUUCAGUUUUCUCAGCGGCCACGAGGCCAUCACGGCCCUGAACCAUCUCGUCCGGCCAGAAUAUCGAGACCUCAUCUCUUCCAUCACUGUGUUGAGUGCUGACCAGCGCGGUACGCCUUGCAAUGUCCGGUUCGCCAGUGAUACCACACAGGGAUGUGGCCCGGUGCCAUGGGACUCAUUUUGGCUGACGAUGAUGAGGUGCCGAAACCUGAAGGCGAUCGAGGUCCCCACUAUUGCUUUGGAAACCUGCCUCGAUGGGUUCCAUCAACUUGCGACAGAGAAACCCGCGCUGAAUACAAACCUCGUCGACUUCAUUCCAUUUCGCAAGUGGGAGGAUAAUCUAUUUUCAUACCCCGCCGGCACGCAUAUUGAAGAGUGUUAUGACCAUAAGCAUUUUACUAUUUACGCCGAGACUUCGUCCAGACUGCCAACUGUUCAGGAGCUGAGAAGCUCUGACGAGGAGCCUUGCAUCGACAUUUGGAAGACGCGCGCCAGAGAAAGCAAGAACCUCCUUCGUCGCACUCGCGAGGUCAUCAUAGAGACGUGCUUGCGCAAUUUUGACGAGCAACAUGUCUACCAAUGGUGUCUCCGCCCCAUCAUUGACAGCAAGGAAACUAGAUUCGUCCGCCUCGAUUUGGGUGAGGGUAAAUACUCCUCUGUCAAGUUCCACGGCCUUCCCGCAUCCCUCAAAGAAGCACGGCAACUUGCCUGGAAAGAACACCUUGAGGACGAAGAAUUCAAAAAGUUGAAAGGUAUGUACCCCAGUCACCACAAAUCAAAGAUAUGGCACCGAUGGUUUAGGGAGGUGGUAGAGGAGGAAGGGUUGACUGAGGAGGAGGGUGCCGAGCUGAGGCUUACUGGGUAUUAUUACACUUUGUCGGACGACGCCGAGACGGCUGACAUCGAGCCGCCUCACACUCAGCCGAAUAUGGACACUUCUCACCUACAUUGUGCGACCAAUCCCCGGAGAUAUGAUGCUGAGCAGAGGCGCAAGGAGAAGAAGAGAGAUCUUGAGAUGAUCUGCAGAGAGUCGCUCGACGACGACGAUGACGACUGGUGUUAG